GCAUGAUAUCACGAAACGAAAAACUUCCACCGUAGGAAGUCAAAAUCAAGCUUCAUCAUCAGGACAUAUUCAAAUUGAGAAUGGAACCCUUAUGGACGAAACCAUCAACUCGGUAAUCAACGAAGCAGCACGAAUGGAAGAACUUCCACAUCGAGUAAAUGAUUCGAGUCGCCAGGAUAAUGAAGCUGAUGCUGGUAAUGAAAGGCCUAAUUUACGGCUGGAGCUAUCUCCCGCCAGAAAGUCAAAGUCGUCAUCUGAGACGAGAUCGAAACUUACUUCUGGACGUAAAGUCAACACUCCUCUUCAGAGCCGAUCUCGUUCUCAGAGCAGAUCGCGAUCUCGUUCUGCGAGCAGAUCAUCAUCGCGUUCUGAGUGCAGAUUGUCAUCACGUUCUAAGAGCAAAUCUCCAUCACGUUCUAAAAGUAAAUCCCCAUCUCGUUCUCAGAGGAGAUCUCCAUGGCGGUCUGCGAGCAGAUCAAGAUCUCGCUCCCAGAACCGAUUUAGAUCCGGUUCUCAGAGAAGAUCUAGAUCUCGUUCUCAGGGGAGAUCGAGAUCGCGUACUCACAGGCGAUCGAGAUCACGUGUUCAAGGGAGACCAAGAUCUCAUUCCCAGAAUACAUCAACGGAGUAG